CUUCGUGCUGGAAUCGCACACGACAGGUUUUCGAGGCUUUCAUCUGCAUUAUUUUUUCUGGCACAGAGUAGUAAGCCAGAGAAGGACGCGUGUGUUCGCUGGCACUGAACACGGCGCGAAAUUAAUUUAUAUGAUUUUUUUUUCUCGCUAAGUUUGCUAGCUCAUUAGCUAGCUAGCACGCCAGCUAACUUGUUUACGUUAAUGGUGGAGAAAACAUUCAGCUUUCGUGACCGUUCCAUUUUAAAUGGUGUAGUUGUGGAGUGAGUGUUUGGCGCUGUUUCGUCUGCUUUUGAAUUCCGUUUUAGUUUACACUCUGUAGUAAACGUGAGUCAGGUUAGAAUUCAAAUAAAACACUCCGGUGUGUGUUUAUUAAGAACUUGAGCUCCUUCGGCUGAUUCCACUUGGACCAGCUCUCAGCCAUCCGAGACACCAUGUCAGAGCUGUACAUUCGGGUGGCUGAGGAGGAAAGUGAGGAGCCCAUGGAGAUCCCCUCAGAAGAUGAUGGUACCGUGUUAUUGUCCUCCGUGGCUGCUCAGUUCCCGGGGGCUUGUGGUCUGCGGUACAGAAACCCAGAGUCCCAGUGCAUGAGGGGGGUUCGGCUCGUGGAGGGAGUUCUGCAUGCACCUGAGAGCAACUGGGGAAACCUGGUGUAUGUCGUCAAUUACCCCAAAGAUAACAAAAGGAAGAUGGAAGAAAUAGAUGCUGCUUCAGCUGUGAAAGUUAAAAGGGGCUUUCAAAAGACUUCAGAUCUUAUUGUACUCGGGUUGCCUUGGAAAACAACAGAACAAGACCUGAAAGAUUAUUUCAUUACCUUCGGGGAGGUCAUCAUGGUGCAGGUGAAAAGAGAGACAAAAACUGGCAACUCAAAAGGUUUUGGGUUUGUCCGGUUUGCUGACUAUGAGACACAAACAAAAGUCAUUGCUCAGAGACACAUGAUUGAUGGACGGUGGUGUGACUGUAAACUUCCAAAUUCAAAGGCAUGUCCCGACGAGCCCAUGCGGAGCCGUAAAAUCUUUGUUGGCCGCUGCACAGAGGACAUGACGACUGAUGAUUUGAGGCAGUACUUCAUGCAGUAUGGUGAAGUCACUGACGUCUUCAUUCCCAAACCUUUCCGGGCAUUUGCAUUUGUCACAUUUGCUGAUGAUCAGGUUGCCCAGGCUCUGUGUGGAGAGGACCUGAUCGUCAAGGGUGUCAGCGUGCACAUCUCCAAUGCUGAGCCCAAACACAAUAAUAGUAGGCAAAUGAUGGAUCGAGGGCGGUUCGGGGCUGUUCAGCAACUCUUUCCCAAUUUCCCGGGAGGACUCGCAUCAUUGGCAGCAAUGUUGGGCAGAGCUCAGUAUCAGUUCCCCUCCUCUCAUGUGUAAAUGCAUUAUCAUCCAAGAACAAAGCUUCACUGCAUAAACUGUUAGACGGAUCGUGGAACGCGGAACGCCCAGGUUCCCAUCUGAACCCUGGUUGGAGUCAGUUACACAGAAGAUGAAGCUGUUUUUGCUUUUCGUUUUUCCCCCCCGAGCCGCCACCAAACCACCAUGGAGGUCCUGCACCACGGCCUUAAUCCUGAAAAGGAUCUUCAUCACCCGACGAGCAAGAAACCUUCAAGCACUUCCAUUAAAAGUGGACCAUCAUAAUCACUUUUUUUUUUUUUUACUCAUAAUCCAGACCAAAGUCGCAUCUGCUUUUUGGAAAAUAUUUUUUAUCCUUCCAAAUCCUGUCCUUUUAAAGCCGCUUUAUUUGUCAGUGUUUUAUUUUUUACCUCAUAACCCCUGACUGAAUAAAUUGUACCGGUGUGGCAGGAAGUGUGCGCCAUCUUUUGUUGUUCAAAAAAUCUAGUUGAUUUAAAAGAAUUCAAAGAAACUGAUUAUCCAUGCCAAUAAGAAAUCACACUGUGUAAUAC